AUGAGGCAAGGAGAUCCCCUCUCCCCUUUCCUCUUCCUUUUGGUUAUGGAGGCUUUAUCAGCGUGCUUUAAAAAGGCUAUCGAGAUUGGUGCCGUAGAGGGUAUUCGUUUUCCGAACGAUGGUCCUUUACUGUCUCAUUUGCUGUUCGCUGACGAUGCCCUCGUUGUUGGGGAAUGGAACAGGAAAAGUAUUCUCAAUGUGGUCCGGAUCCCCCAUUGUUUUCAUUUAUGCUCGGGGCUCAAGAUUAAUCUAAGUAAAUCGAGUAUUAUUGGUAUUGGGGUCGAUGGUUCGGAGGUGGAUUCUAUGGCUUUAGCUUUUGGUUGCAAGGCGGAGAAGUUGCCAUUCAAGUAUCUAGGGUUACCGGUGGGAGCUAACAUGAACCGUAUCUCUAAUUGGAGAGCGAUAGUAUCGUUGCCCGGUGAUUCUGGUGUUUUUUCGGUGAACUCGGCUUAUGAGCUUUUGGUUGCUAAGGAGGUUCCCCCGAGUUCUUUUAGUUGGGAAUGGUGUAAGUGGAUUCCUAUCAAAUGCAACGUUUUUGCUUGGAGGGCUACUUUGGAAAGAUUGCCUACUAAGGUGGAAUUAUGUAAACGAAACGUUCAGGUUGAAGGUUUGGGGUGCCCGAUGUGUGAGGAGGGAGAUGAAAUGGCAGCCCAUUUGUUUACGGCUUGUAGCUUUGCUAUGUCGAUUUGGACUAAGAUUAGUUCAUGGUGCAAGGUCCCGUUUCUUAUGGCCUUUUCCUUCAAAGAUAAGAUGUUCUGGGUGCUCAUCUCAAUUGCGGAUUGA